AUGACCGCUUCAGAUCGAAAGCGUUUCUUCAUUACUAUUACUUUCUUUCUUUGGAUUGUUUCUUUUCCUACUCUUUCUUUCUUUCUUUCUUUCUUUCUUUCUUUCUUUCUUUUUCAUUUCUUUCUUUCUUUUAGUUCUUUCAUUUAUUUAUUCUUCUUUUUUCUUCCUUCUUUAGUUCAUUUCCUUCCUUCUUUCUUUUUUCUUUCUUUCUUUCUUCAUUAUCAAUUGUUACUUUCUUUCCUCUUCAUUUUUCCUUUCAUUCUUUCUUUUUCCUUAAAUUCUUUCAUUUUUGUUUUCCUUCUUUCUCCAUUUCCUUCCUUCCUUUAUUUAUUUUUCCUUCUUUACAUUGUUUUUUGUUCUUUAUCCUCUCUUCUUCAUUUUCGCCUUUUCUUAAAUUUUUCUUCUUUUUCUUCCAUUAUUUUUCACUCAUUACAUUUCCUUCCUCCCAUUUUUCUUUCUUUCUUUCUUUCUUUCUUUCUUUCUUUCUUUCUCCUUCCGUCUUCAUUUCUUUCUUUCCUUCCAUUUUUCUUUAUUCUUUUCUUUAAAUCCUUUCUUUCUUUCUUCUUCUUUUUCCUACUUUUUUCAUGUCUUUAUUCCCUUUCUUUCUUUCUUUUUUUCUUUCUUUCUUUCUUCUUCUUUUUCUUUUCUUCUUCCUUUUUUAAUUUCUUACCUUUCUUUUCGUCGUUUUCUUCCAUCCUUUUCUUCUUUUAUUUCUUCUUUCCUUUCUUUUUUUUCUUUUUCUUUCUUCCUUCCUUACAUUUUUAUUUCUUCUUUUUUCUUCCUUUCGUUACAUCUCUUCAUUCUUCUUUUUUUGUCCGUUUUCCUUUCCUUCCUUUCUUCCUUACUUUUGUAUUUUUUCUUUCUUUCUUUCUUUCUUUCUUUCUUUCUUUCUUUCUUUCUUUCUUUCUUUCUUUCUUUCUUUUUGCCUUCCUUCCUUCCUUCCUGACAUUUUUCUUUUGUUCUUUUCUUUUUCUUUAA